AUGACAUCUAUUCGUAAUAUAGCAAUUAUUGCCCAUGUUGAUCAUGGGAAAACCACGCUUGUUGACAACAUGCUUAAACAAAGUGGCACUUUUAGAGCUAACCAACAAGUAGCCGAACGUGCUAUGGACUCUAACGACCUUGAGCGUGAACGUGGGAUUACCAUACUUGCCAAAUGUACUGCCCUUAUGUGGGGUGUUGUACGUAUCAAUAUAGUAGACACACCACUACACGCUGACUUUGGCGCUGAAGUAGAACGCAUACUUAGCAUAGUUGACGGCGUUGUGCUACUUGUUGAUGCAUCAGAAGGACCACAAACAAAAUUUGUGCUGUCUAAAGCCUUAAAGCUUGGUUUAAAACCUAUCGUUGUUAUCGAUAAGAUUGAUAGAGACGACCAAAGAAUAAAUAAAGUUAUUGAUGAAGUAUACGAGCUAUUUGUAGUGUUAGAAGCAAAUGAUGAUCAGCUUAAUUUCAUAGAUAAAAUAGUUUAUGCUUCAGGUAGAGCAGGAAGAGCUUCAUUAAAUUUUGAUCAAACGAUAAAUCCUUUAGACAAUUUAGCAGAUGAUCUUGCACCUUUAUUUGAUCUAAUAGUAAAGCAUGUACACCCUCCUAUAGCUGAUGCUAAAGCACCUUUUUCUAUGCUUGUUACUACUAGAGAAUUCAACCCUUUUUUUGGUAGAAUUUUAACCGGUAGAGUACAAAGCGGUAGCGUUAAGGUUAACCAAAAUAUUAAAGUACUAAACCGUGAAAAUAAAGUACUUGAAAAUGGGCGAAUCACUAAAAUAUUAGCCUUUAGAGGACUCGAGAGAAUCGCUAUAGAUGAGGCUACAGCCGGUGAUAUUAUCGCCAUUGCUGGUGCUGAAAAUGCUAACGUUGCCGAUACGAUAUGUGCAUCUGAAGUAACUGAGGCACUGCCAUCACUACCGAUUGAUCCACCAACCCUAUCUAUGACCUUUAGCGUUAAUGACUCACCACUUGCAGGUAAAGAGGGUACGAAAGUUACAUCAAGCUUAAUUGGCAGCAGAUUGAUGCGUGAGCUUGAGAGUAACGUAGCCCUUAAAGCAACCGAAGCACCUGGAUCAAACGCUUUCCAAGUUGCAGGACGUGGAGAAUUACAGCUUGGUAUCUUAAUCGAGACUAUGCGUCGUGAGGGCUUUGAAUUAUCAAUCAGUAGACCAGAAGUAUUAUUCCAAACAGGCGAAAACGGCAAUAAACAAGAACCUAUGGAAGAAAUCCAAGUUGACGUUGACAAUGAUUAUGUUGGUGUGGUCGUAAGCUCCUUAUCGCUUAGAAAAUGCGAAAUGACCGAUAUGAGACCAUCAGGUGGCAGCAAAAGCCGUGUUACCUUUAUCAGUCCAUCAAGAGGUUUAAUUGGUUAUCACAGCCAAUUCUUAACUGAAACUCGUGGUACUGGUAUUAUGAAUCGUAUUUUCCACGGCUAUGCUGAUUAUAAAGGCACUAUCGAAGGGAGGACUAAGGGCGUACUUAUCUCUAACGGCGAUGGUGACGCUGUUGCUUACGCUUUAUGGAAUCUGGAAGAUAGGGGAAAAAUGUUUAUCAAUCCAGGUGACAAAGUAUAUAGAGGAAUGAUUAUCGGUGAACAUAGCCGUGAUAACGAUUUAGAGGUAAAUCCGCUUAAGGCUAAACAGCUAAGCAACGUUAGAGCAUCCGGUAAAGAUGAGGCUAUUAAAUUAACCCCACCAAUGCUUUAA